AUGUCUGCUGAUGGCACUUUAAAGCCAUCUUGUCUAAAAGCAUACAGUGUUGGACAUUUAGUGUCCAAUGACAAGAGUGUAGACGAACUGAGAGACUCCAAGCAGGAUAGCGAAGAGCUACACAUGAGCCAUAUCUUGCACGAUCACCAACGACACAGCAUCAAUGAACAUCUCUUUGGACUAAACACUUUGACCGUAACAUACGCUAUUAGCGCUGAGAUGAGCCGUCAUUUAUUGUUAUUGUGUUUAUGGUCUUUUUUUUUUGGUAUAUCAUACAUCUUUGAAAGGUUAAAGUGCGGUUACUUAAUUCCUCCUCGAGUUAUUCAAGCUGACUAUAAGGGAUGGGCAAAUGCUUGA